CUGAAAUAAGAUGCAGAGAUGUCAGCAGUCAGAGAAUUUUCGCAGUUUUCUAAGGCAAAAUACCAAUUAAAUCGUACAAAUUUUCAAUGAAUAAUAGUGAAUAAACAAUUUUUGGAUAUUAAGUGACCCAUUGUAGCACUUUUUUUGAAAAUAGCAAUUCGUUUGCUAAGUGAAAAUUGCUUGUGAAAAUCCUACUGUUGAAGAAUUGUACGUACUUAGUAGGGUGCAGUUUAUACGAAAUCGCAAGCAGACCGUGGAGAAAGGAUAACAUUUUGAAGCACCCCCGAUAUCGCAACUGUGCGAACGAGAAGCGAGCUGUUGGUUUGUAUUUAACAGCUCAGCAGGUUGCGAACCUCUCGAUUGGCCUGCCCGUAUGUCUACACGCCUCUGGGCUAUUUAAUAUUGUGACAAGUGCCCGGUCAUUCGUAGUCCCAGAAAUAAUAACAAAUGUGCUUUUGUUAAAUAGUCUCGCAGAGAACCACGGUGAGGAUUAAUCAAAAGAGAGCAUAAGCGUGUCGAACACUAAAUCUGAUCUAAAUAAAACACAAAAAACCAACAAUGGACGUAGGAGAAGAUGUCCACACUGCUGAGGGUUCACCACAAGCUAUAUGCGAUGAACCAUGUAAAAUUUCUACAGAUACAACAACCAAGGAUGUCCCUAAUUCGGGACAUAGUACGGAAACAACCACGCCAACUUUAACAAUUCAACUAAAUAAUAACAAAACUCUAAAACGUUGCUUGAGUGUUCCCAUUUUACGUGCUGGUCCUUCUUCAACAUCAAUGACAACACGUUCAGCAGCUGCAGCAAUGGCAAUGCGUAAUACGGGAAAUGGCGGAAAUUCCGUUGGUGGAAAUGGCAACGCCAGAGAAGCCUCUUUAUCAACACCGAAGAAGAAUCAAGGACUUGUAAUUCGGGACUCAAUGUGUGAUAUAUCAACAGGCAACAAUUUUGGACAUAACAUACAUAUUGGAAUACCACGUUCGAAUCCUUCAUCCAGGGAAGUCUCACCUGCACCAGUCUUUAACAUAUUUGCUCCACGUGCCCGACGUUAUUCGGCUAGUUAUACCCCACAUGGAGCAGCUAAUGCUAUUGGCACCUCAAAUACAUUAAGCGGUUUACCCCUUUGUCUAACGCCUCGAGUUUCCCAGUUGAGACAGGAAGAGUGUGUAGACAUGUUAAACACUCGUGAAGCGAAUCAUGAACGUGAACUACACAGUGCCAUGCAAAUGUCCCAAAGCUGGGAAGAUUUAACUUUAGUAGCAGAAAACUGGUCCUGUAAAUCAGAAGAACUAACUAAUCCCUUACAGGUCUCGUUGCCAUGUGGUGUUACGAGUUGUUCCAGUCCAAGUCCAACAAACAAUCGUGCCGGCAUGCGGCUACCAUACGGUUUGUCACCAUCACCAACAAGACGAACCUUUGCCACCAGACGGUCUAUGUCUCCAAUUGCUAUGCGACCUUCACAACUAGGGCCGGUUAAGCGUAAAUUUGAAUUGGACGAUAGUGCCUCUGGCAGUAAUUGGAAUAUAUAUUCGCAGCCACCGUUGAAAAAAAUAUUUACCGAGAGCCGAGGCUCUUCUCCGGUUUGUCAAUCUCCAUCUUCCAUCUGCCCCAGCCCUGAUUCCGGUACCUAUGAUGGACGAAUAACACCAAAGCUUUUCAUUUCAAAACUCUGCACCAGUAACGCAAAUAACAACAAUUCAGCCUGUUCGUCACCAAGUGGCAGUGUUAGUGGAGGACUUAUUGAUUCAACAACUACCUCUGGCAUUUGCUCAUCUGCCUCUUCAACAACAUCCUCAGUAUCUGGCGGCAGUGAACCGAUGUGUAUCGGUAAUGGAUCAAUCGAUGAGGCUAUUUCAGUAAAUUCAGCAGCAAAUUCGACAAGCAGCGCUGCAAGAGGUGGAGGGCAACCGAUGGCUACCGAUUUGCAAGACGACGCUACGCUAUUGGAUGAUAUGAAGAGUGAAACAUCUUCUAUUGGGGGAUGUUCGAGUAUCAGCAUCGAGUCUUCUUCCUGCGAUAGCGCCUCCAAAGCAGCUGCAAGCUUCCUUAAUAGACUGAAUGUGGAUGAUAUUAGUACAAGUCCGUUGGCGGUACAGAAAAGCUUUUAUAUAAACAAACAAGGUUUAACUGGCAGUAAGAAGUAUAUUGUAAGUAGUGUAAGUAGUGAUCCCAUCGAAAGUAUUAACAUAACUAGCACUAGUGGUAAUUCUAGCACCACUACUGUGAACGCAUCGGAAAUUAUAUCGACAGCGUGCACAGGUGGGUCGUAAAUAUGAUAGUCCUUGUUUCACUUCCUUGUAUACUAAGAAUAUCAGGGGGAGAUACACAUAAAAAACGGUAAAACUUUUUGUUUAAUAUUUAAAACUCUUUACAAAUGCUUAAUUCAUGUUAAAGUUCUGAAUUAUGCCGAUAUAUUUAUUACCAAUAUUCAUAAUAAAAUUUUUAGUUAUUCAAAAAGGCCUCAGAUCCUUCUUUUGGAAAAGAGGGAAAGCAUAGACCACGGUUAUAGUUAAAAGUAUCUCCCUUUUAUAUAUGAAAGUAUAGACAUUUUGUUCGUUGCCCUUGAUAUUAAAAAAAUGUUGUCUGCAAAAAAUAGGAUUAGAAGAAAAAAUUGCAAAAUUCGUUUUAAGUUUGCAUUAAAAUAUUGUAAUAUUCUCUCGCCAUGAUAUAUUGUUAUCAACUCAUUUUUGUAGAGUUUAGUUAUCCCCUCGUAUUCAUAUAUAUCCAUACGUUAAUAUAUUUCAUUAUCAUUGUUAAUUUACUGUAGUUAUUAUUGUCAGCAGCAUUUGACAGUCACUUCAUUCAUUUUCAUUAUCAUUUAGCACAUACUGUGUUAUUUUAAGUCGGUAUAUAUGUAUGUAUGUAAAUUAGAAUAAUUUGUUUGCAAAGUGAAUUUUACUUAAAAAGGAAAAAUGUUUUUUUUUUUGUUUGUUCUAUUUGAUACGAUAGUUUAUGAAAUAUAUUUAUUCACUUUCUUCACACCUGAAUCAUAAUUUAAGCUGAAUUAUCUUAUCGAUAAUUUGUUUGUUCAUUUUGGUUAGAAUUAAAACUGUUAAAAUAAAAUUAGACGUUUCCAUUUAUGUACGUUUAAAGAAUAUUUAGGAAGAAUAUUUAUAGAUAUGAGAAUCUUACCUAUAUGAUUGGCUAAAAAUCAUUAUUUUCGGGCAAUUGAUACAAUUAGAAGUAUGUACAUAUUUAUAAAUAAUAAAAUGACUCAAAAUUGCCAAACAUAAUUCUACUUGGAAUAUUAAAAGUUUAGAUUCAAAUUAAUACUUACACACAUAUUACCAACAAACAGAGUUUAAAACGUUUGUUAAAAACUCCCACAAACUUAUUUAAAUGUUCAAGAUUCGCUGUGAACGUGAUUUGAAACAAUUAUAUUCAAAUUAUCAGUUGGGUUACCACAAGUAACCUCUAGAGCUAAUAAAGUAAAAAAAACCACAAAUUCAUGAAAA